GCGGAAUGCGUGUAAUUAGUGAAGUUAGAAGAGAUUCCAAAUUAUAGUCUAUAUUUUAAAAUAUUAUAUACUGUAGAUAGUAGUGUUGCGUGUCUAGAUUCUAGAUCAACACAAACCUGGCCAAACGAAUUUGCACCGUUGUCAAAUGUGCAUCUUUUGGCUCCAGGAAAGUUUUAAAUCAUGAUGUGGAUGUUGACCAGAUCUAUUUGUCGAACUCCAGGCAUUUGGAUCCAGAUCGGAUGAAAUGCCCAACUCCUCCAUGUCCUCCGAGGUCGGCUGCCCAAGCUUAGCGUGGAUGGCACGACCUGGCUUCCGCAGCUUCACGGGGCAAAAAAGCAGCGAGGUAGUGAGAUGGAGACAGCUUCAAGUUCCGCAGGCGACGCAGGCUGACAACUCGGAGCUGGCGGGCGGCACUGCGCUGGCCACUGAGACGCCGAAGAAGGCCACCGUGAUGAGCACCGGAGUGGCCUUAGCCAAAGGCAUGUUGGGCAGUGGCGCCUUGUCACUCUCGGCGGGGGCAGCUGCCUUCACACAUACCUCGCAGGGGCUGGGUGUGGCGACAUUGAUCAUUUUGGGCAUGACAAUGCUUUCCGGCUAUACCUUUCAGAUGGUCGCAGAGAGCAGCGCAGACACCGGGGCAGGCGACUUUGGGAAUACCUGGGCGCAGAGCGUGGGAAAGUCUACAGCUUGGCUUCCGCGCAUGGCAGUGGGUAUCAUGUCCUUCACCACCUGCACCGUUUAUGCCAUGAUCCUGGCUGACUUGACCUCGUCUAUCUUGCAGACCUGCCUGGCAGCACUGCCAGCACUAGGUGCAUUGAAGCCCUUCGUCGCGCGCACGCCGACGUUGAUCGGCCUCACGGUCUUCGUGCUGCUGCCACUGUGCCUGGCAGAGGACUUUUCGAGCCUCGCUUUCACUUCCACCCUGGGCUUGGCAGCUUGCGCCUACUUGGCACUCUUCUCCAUUUGGAGGGCCGUGGAUGGUUCUUAUCUUCCCGGUGGCAAGUUCUUCCGGCUAGCGCCCUACACGCCUUGCCCCCUGUGCGGUGCUAGAGAACUCAACGAUAUCGUGAACCCUCGAGCCUUGAUCUUCCUCUCGAGCAUUAGCACCGCCUACAUGAAUCAUGGUAUGGCACCAGCCACUUUCCAGGAACUCAACAGGGGCGUGGAGAGGUCGGAAGGCUUACGACGCUAUGCGUUGGCUGUGCUGGGCGCCUUUGGCUUGGCAGGUUUUGUGUGCACAGCACUGAUGAUUGCAGGCCUCUACACCUUUGGAGACAAUGUGAAUGGAUUGCUGCUGUCCAACUAUGCUGGAACAGAUCUGGCCGCAGCACUUGGAAAGAUGGGUGUUUUGCUCAGUGUCCUCUUCGGCUUCCCCUUGAACUUCCUCCUGCUGCGGACUGAGGUCGCUGCCAUUGUGAGCAAGACCAGAGGUCAGUUGGAUCAGAAUGAGCGGCGAUUGCUGUCGUCCGGAUUGCUGCUAGCGACAGCGCUGCCAGCUCUGGUCCUCAAGGACAUCGGUGUGGUGCAAGCGACGCUGGGUGCCAUUUUCGGCAGCUAUUUGGUCUUCAUUGCACCUGCGGCCAUGUCACGGGGCCUUCGAAAGCAGAAACGGCUCCGAAACCGGGGCCGGUCAGUGGUGGAGGUGUUGCUCGCAGCGUGCGGCGUGACCUUGGGCCUUUUGGGGCUCGUCAUCAAUCUCCGCCGCAGCCUGUAGGCAGGGCGAGAUGCAGAAAUCCACCACCUACAUCCACCUGCAUGCCUGUAGUAUCCUGUA